CUCGAAUUGAAACUUCGUCGGCAGCGCGAACUGGACGCCCUCUGCCCACUGCAGCCACUGCUCGCCCUCUCCAGCGAGCCCGCGUGGCCGUCUCGCCUGCGAUGCGCAACCCGACUCUCAGGCAUUUCAUUCUGCAGCAGAGAGCCCUGACCCUUUACCGCCAAGCAGUGCGCGCCACCCGAUAUAUACCGGAUCCUGAUGCUCGCAAAGAAACCAUUGCAUGGGUGCGGGCGGAAUUCGAACGGAAUCGACGCGUCGACGAUGUGCACUUGAUAGAAGAAAAGCUCGCUUCCGGACGGCGGGAGCUCAAGCAGAUACUGCCUUUCCUCCCGCCACCCGUUCUUCGGAAGUGAUAAUGCUACGCGUCAGGAUAUUGAACUGCAAGUAUUCCACUGCGUGGCCGUGUUGAGUGAGUAGUUGUCUUUCAGUCAGUCAGUUUGUCGUCGUCGCUGGAGACGUGACGAACGUUUCGUUGAGGAUUACCUCGAAGUCCCUCCUGCUUUCUAAUGUCAGUGUAAUCGAAUGUUGAUGCGACUCCCCACUAC